CAGGUAACUAGCCAAGAGUGUGUGGUGGCCUCUGUAUAAAGCAGCUCUUGAGUCUGUGCUGGGAUUUGUGUAGGUUGUUCCUUUGCCAUAGGAAAGAUGCAUCAUUAUUAGAUGCCAGACCAGUUGUCAUCUGUGCUAAGCUGCAACCAAAAUGGCUAAGUACAGGCUUGUUCUCUUAAGACAUGGGGAAGGAGCCUGGAACAAGGAGAAUCGCUUCUGCAGCUGGGUGGACCAGAAGCUGAGCAGUGAUGGGAUAAAGGAAGCUCAGAACUGUGGCAAACACCUUAAAGCACUGGGCUUUGAGUUUGACCUCGUCUUCACCUCUGUACUCAGCCGCUCCAUUCAGACUGCGUGGCUUAUCCUGGAAGAGAUGGGCCAAGAGUGGGUUCCCAUUCAGAGUUCCUGGCGACUGAAUGAACGUCACUAUGGUGCACUGAUUGGUCUCAACAGAGCAGAAAUGGCUCUGAAUCAUGGGGAGGAGCAAGUGAAAAUAUGGAGGAGAAGCUAUGAUGUUACCCCACCUCCCAUAACUGAAUCUCAUCCUUACUAUGAAGAGAUAUACAAUGAUCGCCGGUAUAAAUGCAGUGAUGUCUCUCAGGAUAAUCUCCCAAGGGCUGAAAGUCUAAAAGAUGUGCUUGAUAGACUCCUUCCUUAUUGGAAUGAAAAGAUAGUGCCAGAACUGAAAAGUGGCAAAAUGAUCCUUAUAUCUGCUCAUGGUAACAGCAGCAGGGCAUUGCUCAAGCAUGUGGAAGGCAUCUCCGAUGAGGACAUCAUCAAUGUUACUCUCCCCACUGGUGUGCCCAUACUUCUUGAACUUGAUGAGAAUCUGCACCCUCUGGGCCCUCACCAGUUUCUGGGUGAUCAAGAAGCUAUCCAAGCUGCCAUCAAAAAAGUGGAAGAUCAAGGGAAAGUAAAAUCUGCUGAGAAGUAAAAUCCCACUAACACAGCUGUUUUCAAAGUGUGGUAAUAAGUGAUGAUUUAUGUAUGACUGCUAGGUUGCACUCUGUGAAAGUCUCAAUUUCAAGCACUAAAUAAUUGGAAGGGACAGUUGUUGAGUCUCGCGUUGGUAGAUUGACCCUCUGCCUUUCAAAAACUGGAAUUUGAAUCUCAGCAUGAG